CGUGCGCUCUCUGCCCGCCCCGCCGCGCCCGCGGAGCCGGAGCCGGAGCUGGAGCCGAUGGCGGCGGCCGCCGCCCCGCCGGGAGCCGCGGAGCUGCCGCAGCUGGCGGAAAAUCUGCUCUGCCGGCUGCAGGAGAAUUUUGAGGCUCUGACGGAGAAGCUGACGCUGAGAAUGGAAGAAAUGGGCGAGCGCAUCAAUGACCUUGAGAAGCGUGUUGCUGACCUGAUGACAGAGGCUGGGGUAGAAAACAGGGAUGAAGAAUUGGGAGUAAAGACACUUACUUAAGUUUUUCUGUGUUUUAUGCAUUUCCACUUAGUUUUGAGUGGUGGGCAAGUAAUUGUGUUUACUUAUUUAGUAUACCUGCAUUUUCUUAGAUUUGAAAGUGUACUUUUUAAAAACAUACUUAAUAUACCUUGGAUUUUUUUUUUUUUUUUUGCCAAGAGACAAAGAAUGUGACCACUUUCACAAAAGAAAAACUGCAUCUUGCUGGCUCUGUUCCAGCUGAGUGCAAUAUACAAGGGGGCAGUGCUAACUCGCCUCAAGUGUGUAAACUGAGGCUGUCCGUUCAUAGUGAAAUGCGUGUGGCUUGAAGUGAUCCUGCCUACCAUUCCUGCCCCUCAGGUAUGCUAACCUAGCUGAGGAUGCUCACUGAUGUAAAUUUAUGUACCUCUGCUUUUAAAACUGCCACAACUUCCCAGUGCGGCUUGGAGCACACCUCUCACACGCACUCACCACAAACACAGCAGUAAACUAUAGUCAACCACUUCAUAAUAUAAAAUCAUGCUACAGUUCAGGAUUGUGUUCUGGAUUUUAUAUCUGUCUCUUGCAAAUGCCAGCCCCCUCCCUGAUGGAUGGCUGACUCUGUGUUCUUAGUAUUUAUGAGGCAGCACUGCUUCUGUGUUCUGUGGAUGCAAGUGAUGUUGUCUUCCUGUUGAUGCACACUUCCUAAUUCAAACUGAGACACAUCAAUUAUUCUUGUCGUUGGAACUUCUUAUGCACUGAAAGACACGAAUCUCUAUAAAUAUUCUGAAGUAAUUUAGGUAUCUGUUCAUUCUGAUGCCUUUUGCACAAGGUAUGCAAUAAUUUUCAGAAAUGCAGAGAGACAAUCCACAGUAUUUAAUUGUAGAGAGAUCUUCCUAUCUCCAUGCUGAACCACAUUCAUGAAUAAAUCAAUAACCUACUUAUUCACUGUAUCUUUGCAGCACUGAAAUGAGGAUGUGUUUGAGGAAGAUUAAGGGCAGAACAGCAUACCACUGACUCUGACAUUUUCCAGUUUAUUGUCACACUAACAAAAAAUGUUUAGGGAAAACAAAUGUGUUGGUAUCAUGUCAAAACAGAACCUUGAAAAAAAAUUUUAAACUAUUGCCCUGGGAAAAUAAUUGAAAGCUAGGUUUGUUCAUCUAAGCGGGGCACUGUAUUUCCUGGAGCUGAAAAAGAACUGUUAGUUUCAGAGAAGGCAAAGCCACUGUUUUGGAUAGAAAACUAUAUAUAGUGAACUUAUCCAAUCACAAAUGUUUUCAAUGAAUGAAAAUAUUAAAAUAUUUUAAUAUUAAAAUA